UCUUUUCAAACCCCGUUACCGCGGAAAACACGUUACCGCGACCGGUUGUUGACGUUUCAACUUUAACGGGGGACAGCACGGAAGACCACUGAGGUUACUUCUGUGCCACAACCAUGAACAACAACGCAGAGAGGAAGUUCGUCAAUCUGAGGAAACGUCUGGAUCAGCUGGGCUACCGACAGCCACUGGGAAUAGAGUCACUGCCGCUGGUGGAGAAACUAUUCAGCGACCUGGUCCACACAACCGAAAGCCUGCGCAAUGUCAAACUGUCAGCAGGGAAAACUGAGAAAGAAACUCGAAACUUUGACGCUCUUCUGGAGCCGUACAGGGCGGAGAAUGCCCGAGUGAUCAGGGAGAACAAUGAGCUGCACCUCGAACUUCUCAAGCUGAAGGAGGAGAAGGAUCGCGUCAGCAGAGAGCUCAAGACCCACAUAAGAAAACUGGACCAUGACACAACUGACCUGAAGUUCUUAAAUAAUCAGUAUGUGCACAAAGUUCGCUGCUUGGAGAAGGACAGCAAGGCUAAAGCUGAGCGCAUCCAACAGCUGCAGGAGAAGAACAUGCAGGCGGUGGUGCAGACGCCAGGUGGAAAGAAGCGCAGCAUCCCUUUCAGACGACAGAGGAUGCAGAUUGAUGAGCUCACACCUUCCUCCUCUAGAGCAGCUUAUCCUGUGUCGCAGCCUGAUGAUCCGUAUAUAGCCGACCUGCUGCAGAUGGCUGAUGGAAGAAUUCAUGAGCUACAGGAAGACAUCAUAAAGGUCAAACUAGACCUGGAUAACGCUCAAGAAUAUAUAAAACACUUAAACACAAAGGUGGAGGAGAGGGACAAAGAGAUUGAGCGGAUGAAUCGUGCUCUUCACGGGGGUCGACCUCAUGAUGUGAUUUCUCUCGAGGCUCAGAACAACAGCAACGAGAAACUGAUCGCCCAUCUUAACCUUCAGAUUGAGUAUCUACAGGAGACCAACAGGACUCUGGAUCAGAAGGUUAAUGCACUGCAGGAGAAGAAGAAGGACGCCUCCAACGAAGUGGCCAAUCUGUCUUUAAAGAACCUGGAACUUUGUGAAGAGCUGACGCACAUAGACGACCUGGCGAAGCGGCUGGAGAUGGACAAGGAGCACGUGUUGGAAACCGCCGACAUGGAGCUGCAAGAAACUAAAAAAGAAAUUCAAAGGCAACAGAUAAUCAUUGAAGACUUGGAGGAUAUUAUCACAAAAUUGAGAAUGGAGCAGUCCGAAGGUGACUUUGAAAAAGACCGACUCAGAGACCAGAUGGUGGAGCUCAAAGAGCAGAACGAGAAGAUGGAGGGACUGCUGAAUUUCCUGGAGGAGGAGAAACUCAGACUGCAGGACAAAAUGGAGAAAACGAUGGCAGCCGACAAAGGCCUGGUGUUGGAGUUGGAGGCCAUGCGGGCUAAACAUGGUGUCUGUGGAAGGGAACGCUCCCCGUCACGGCUGGAUGCGUUUGUCAAGAGUCUAGAGGAGGAGAGGGAUUACUAUCGACAGGAGGCUGAACGCUACAAAAGAACCAGAGGGGCGGGUAGUCCGGAUUCAAGCCCCAGUCGUAGUCCACUCAGGGGAAGGAGUCCUCAGUCCAAAGCAACGAGGGGGGGUGUUGCCGAGACGGAGCUGCUUCGUUUAGUGAAGGAAAGAGACGAGCUGAAGGCGGCUCUGCUGGACUUUGAGAAGCACAUGGAGGACAUCCAGAUCAACGUGAAGGGCCUCAGCUCAGAGAGAGAUCGAUUCAAAACCCUCUUAAAACAAGCUCAGGAGGAGUUAAAGCUGUCUCGUAGAACCGACACGUCAGCUGACCUCAUGGAAAUGAAGGAGGAGAUCAAACAGGCAGAAAUCAGAAUCCAGCAGAUGGCUGCAGAAAGAGAGACGCUGAUGGAGAGAGUAAAGGUUGCCCAGACUUCAGCCCUCACAGACAGACAGACGGAGGAGAGGAGGAUUCUCGACCUGGAGAAUGCCGUUAAGAGUUUGGAGCGCGAGAGGCUGGAGCUGCGUUCACAGGUGUGUCUGCUGAAGGAGAACAGGGAGGCUGCUGAGGAGGAGCUGAAGGUUCGGUCCGUCGCUCUGGUCCAGAAUGCAGAGGAGGUGUCUCACCAGAGGGCCGAGUCCAACGCGCUGAGGCUGCUACAGGAGCAGAUGGAGCAGUCUCUGUCUGAUACCCAACAUAGGCUGUCUGUGAAGAUGAACGAGCUGCAUGCUGCCCAUCAGCAUAUUCAGGAACUGGAGGGGACGAUAGGGGAGCUGAGUCAGCGGGGCUCAAAGCACAAGGAUGACGUGGCUUCUCUUCAGAAGUCCAUCUCUGCUUUGGACAGAGAGAAGGAUGUUCUGCAGGACGAGGUGGAUCAAAAGACUGAAAAAUUGGUUGAGAUCCAGGAGGACCUGUCUAAAAAGGAAAAGACUCUUGCAGAUGUGAGACUCACAGUCACAAACAUGGACACCUCGCUAGCUCAGCUGCAGGGGGCGUUAAACAGCCGCGAGAGGGAGAUAGCCAGCCUGAGGAGGCAGCUGGACGCCGGUCACGAGGAGCUGGCCGGACUCAGGAGAGACAAAGAAGUCACAGUCAGAGAGAACAGGAGGCUGCAAGAGGACCUGGUUACGAUGACCCGAGAGAACCAAGCUGUUCAUGUGGAGAUGGAGGAGGCGUUGCACGAGAAGGAUGAGCUGAAAAUGAGGGUCCACUCUUACAUUUCUGAAGUGUCCAGGAUAGAGAAACUGAUGGCCACAAAGGAGCAGGAGAACAGGGACCUGCUGGACCGUUUCAGGAUGGCCCACACGGAGGUGGAGGAGCGGGAGCAGAAGUUGCAGCAGGCCGAAGGUCUGAAUAACUCCAUCCGCCUGGAGCUGCUCUCUUCAGACACCGAACGCAGACACCUGCGUGACACUGUCGGCCACCAGGGGAGAGAAAUCCAACAGCACACACAGGCCCUGCAUGCUUACGAGGCCCAGGUAUCGUCGCUGGUGCGCGGGAUGUCCCGGCUAGAGGAGGAGCUCCACAAAACACAGGAGGAGAAGGCGGCUCUCCUCUCCGAUCUGGCAUCCGUCAGGGAGCUGUGUGUCAAGCUGGACUCUGGAAAGGAGCUCACCGUACGUCAGCUGACCUCCAGGAGCAUGGACCUCGAGAGGGUCACGGGAGAACUGGAGGAUGUUCGGUCGGAGGCGGAGCUUCUUAAGAAACAACUGGCCAGUGAGAGGCUGACUGUCCGUAACCUCGAGACUCUUCUCUCCACCAAUCGGCACAAGGAGUUCCAAACCCACCUGACAGCCAGCGAGAGAGAGUCGGACCUGAAGGUCCUGCGUGAUCGGCUGACCCUGGCUGACAGCAAAACCGUGGAGCAUACCAGGGAGGUGUCUCAGCUCCGCGGCAAAGUCUCUCAGCUGCAGACGGAGAUGGACGUUCUGAAAAGACAGUUGACCAGUGAGCGCUUUGAACGUGAACGAGCAGUUCAGGAGAUGCGCAGACAGGGAGUGUCGUUCUCGUCGCUGCAGAGCUCGUUGUCCCUCGACGCUUCCUCCGGUUCUCCCCACACCUCCUCAGACCGCUCCAUCCUCCGAAGUCUCAACCGCUCCACCGACAAGUCAGCCGACAAGUCAGCCGACAGAAGUGUGAGCUUCAAGGAUUAACGACUAGAGAGACAGACAAGUGAAGGAUCUGAUGAGUCAGAAACCACUAGAAACUUUAAAGGUUUGGGUCCGGACAUGAACUGUGAAGGCCUCCGUAAGUCUCUGCAUUAAUUAUCCUGCAGCGACCUGUGGUGAAAUCAUGCCUGGGUGUUUACUGAAACUAAUGACCAUGCGAACAUUCAAACACAUUUUUGUAUUUUUUAUAUUAACGUCUCGUUGAUUCCACUCACAUAACUGGAUGCCAAAUGUCGUCUCUGUCGGUACGUUACACAGUAAAAUGAGGCUCCAGCUUUGAGAGUUAGCUCUCCUGAAAUGAAUUUAACUAUAACCUCAUAUAUGUAGCAAAAACAGUAUUUGUUCAACCCUGUGGUUAUGUGUAUUAUGCUUCAUGUUUUUUUUUCUAAAAUGUUUAAAUUAUUAAAUUAUUCAUAAAAUAAAGCGAUUCAAAAAUGA